AUGACGACAACAAAAGCUGAAAAUAAAAAUGGAAAAUCGUCUGAAACCGACGAACUUGCUGAACUAAAUAAACUUUUUACUAAUCGAUAUACUGAUGAAGAUGAAGAAUAUAUUAAAAUGGCUAAACCACGCUCUAAUACUCCACCUAUAGUUCCAGAUUGGGGUCAAACUAGAAACAAUUAUCGAAAUCAACCACGUUUUCAAUCAAAUCGUUAUCGCAACAAUAAUUAUGAUAAUCGAUCUCAUUAUCGUCAAGAUCGUAGUCGAAGUCCACCACAUCAUUAUGACAGACGUCGAUAG